UCCGCGUAGCCGCACUCUUGGCAGAUCGAAGACGGAGACCGGGAAGGACCACGCUGAGCUGCGAAGCAUGGACAGGACCGCUGUGGUAAAGGUUGGGGCCGCGGCCAGCGCUGGUGUGUUCGUCUUGUUUGGUGGCGUGGUGCUGGCGCAGUACAUUUUCACCAGAAAAAAAAAAGCCGGUCGCAAAACCAAGAUCAUCGAAAUGAUGCCAGAGUUUCAGAAGAAAACUGUUCACAUCCGGGACCCAGAGAAGGUGGAGGAGAUCAUCUGUGGGCUUAUCAAAGGUGGGGCUACCAAAUUACAGAUUAUAACAGACUUUGAUAUGACACUCAGUAAGUUCUCCUGCAAUGGAAAGCGAUGCCCAACGUGUCACAAUAUCAUUGACAAUUGCAAACUAGUAACAGAGGAAUGCCGUGAAAAGCUGUUGAGGCUAAAGAACACCUACUAUCCGAUUGAGAUCGACCCACAACUCAGCAUUGAAGAGAAAUUUCCCUUCAUUGUGGAGUGGUACUUCAAGUCACACACUUUACUCAUUGAGCAAGGCCUGCAGAAGGAGAAGCUGCCAGAGGUGGUGAUGGAGUCAGAUGUCUCCCUGAGGGAGGGAUAUGAGAUGUUCUUUGACAAGCUCCAUCAGCACAAUAUUCCUGUGUUCAUCUUCUCAGCUGGUCUGGGGGAUAUACUGGAGGAAAUCAUUCGGCAAGCAGGCGUCUACCACCCCAACAUUAAAGUUGUCUCCAACUUCAUGGACUUCGAUGAAAAUGGUGUCCUGAGGGGAUUCAAAGGGGAGCUGAUCCAUGUCUACAAUAAGCAUGAUGGUGCCUUAAAGAACACAGACUACUUCAGACAGCUUAAAGACAACUGCAACAUCAUUCUUCUUGGCGACUCGCUGGGUGACUUAAACAUGGCUGAUGGAGUUACCAGUGUUGAGAACAUCCUGAAGAUUGGCUUUUUAAAUGAUAAGGUGGAUGCUCUUCUAGAAAAGUACAUGGAAUUAUAUGAUAUAGUUUUAGUCAAGGAUGAGACACUCGAUGUGCCCAAUUCCAUCUUGCAGAAGAUUCUCUGAUGGUUUGUGGGAUUGGGAUGGAGCUGGAUAGCUUUUCCUUUUGAUCAUGGCUGUGUAUUCUCAUUUGGACAUCCUCCAAUGUCAACUGCCAAACUGUCAAUGAACAGUGGACUUGUCACAAGUGCCACUACCAAAGCAGCGGUGGGGAGGGUAGCAGAGGUGAGAGGACAGCAGAUGGAUACAGACCAGCUGAGAUGGAGUGACUGGAUCACCCAUACACCAGGAUCCUCGAACCCAACCCAACCCACCCCACCCCUCACAGUGGGCUGUAUUCAAGACACUUGUCUAUGACCUCAGAUAAAGGGGUGUCAAAGUAUCAUAAGCAGGCAUUGGUGCCCCUCACAGGCUUAAACAUUAUGGAAAAAGUGACUUCAACUGGUAGAAACCGUUGUUUUAAAUUCAUUGUGUGCUGCUGUUAUUUCUUAUUUGUGCUCAGGUGGUGCCUUUUCUAUACUCGCUGACUUGUUUACCACAAGAAAACAGAUUAAAUAUUUCACUUAAUGUC